CGCGUACAAUAGCUCGGCUGCAGCUGGAGCCCGAGGUGCUGGCGGCGCAGCAGACGCCCCGCACGGCUGCCCCCGCACGCCCCCUCCCUGUCUUGCUCCACAGACGCUUCCCGUCGGACUCUUGUUCCCUCGUCACGGAGCCCCGCGCGCUCAAAGCCCCUCAAAGAACUCUCUGUCUCCCCACCGCCUCCCCUAGAGGCCGCCCGAGCCCCCUCGCGUCCCCGCCCCCGCGGCACCCCCUCGGCCGCGUCGCCAGCUCCCCCGGCCCCUCUCUCGGUCGCCGAUCCCCGUGUCCUGAGGGGACGCCCCGGCUCGAGCGGGGUGGGGGAGGCGGCGGCGGCGGCGGGAGGGAGAACGUGAAGCGGCCCCUCGCGCGCUCCCUCCCCGGCUCGGCCGCCGCCACCGGGUGGAGGAGGAGGAGGAGGAGCCGAGGAGAGGAGAGCCCAGCGAGCGCGGAAGUAGCUGCUGGUGGUGGUGACAAUGUCAAAUAACGGCUUAGACAUUCAAGACAAACCUCCAGCCCCUCCGAUGAGAAACACCAGCACUAUGAUUGGAGCCGGCAGCAAAGAUGCUGGAACCCUAAACCACGGUUCCAAACCUCUGCCUCCAAACCCAGAGGAGAAGAAAAAGAAGGACCGAUUUUACCGAUCCAUCUUAGCUGGAGAUAAAACAAAUAAAAAGAAGGAGAAGGAACGGCCAGAGAUUUCUCUUCCUUCGGAUUUUGAGCACACGAUUCACGUUGGUUUUGAUGCUGUCACAGGGGAAUUUACAGGGAUGCCAGAGCAGUGGGCCCGUUUGCUUCAGACGUCAAAUAUCACUAAGUCGGAGCAGAAGAAAAACCCACAGGCUGUUCUGGAUGUACUGGAAUUUUAUAACUCAAAGAAGACUUCCAACAGCCAGAAGUACAUGAGCUUUACAGAUAAAUCAGCUGAGGAUUAUAAUUCUUCUAACACUUUGAAUGUGAAGACGGUGUCUGAGACCCCUGCAGUGCCACCAGUUUCAGAAGAUGAAGAUGAUGAUGAUGACGCUACCCCGCCUCCAGUGAUUGCUCCACGCCCAGAGCACACGAAAUCGGUAUACACACGGUCUGUGAUCGAACCACUUCCUAUUACACCAACUCGGGAUGUGGCUACAUCUCCCAUUUCACCUACUGAGAAUAAUACCACUCCACCGGAUGCUCUGACCCGGAACACUGAGAAGCAAAAGAAGAAACCGAAAAUGUCUGAUGAAGAGAUCUUGGAGAAAUUACGGAGCAUAGUGAGUGUGGGCGAUCCUAAGAAGAAGUAUACACGGUUUGAGAAGAUUGGACAAGGUGCUUCAGGCACUGUGUACACUGCAAUGGAUGUGGCCACAGGACAGGAGGUGGCCAUUAAGCAGAUGAACCUUCAGCAGCAGCCGAAGAAAGAGCUGAUUAUUAAUGAGAUCCUGGUCAUGAGGGAAAACAAGAAUCCAAAUAUUGUGAACUACUUGGACAGUUACCUCGUAGGAGAUGAGCUGUGGGUUGUCAUGGAAUACUUGGCUGGAGGCUCUUUGACAGACGUGGUGACAGAAACCUGCAUGGAUGAAGGCCAGAUUGCAGCUGUGUGCCGUGAGUGCCUGCAGGCUUUGGAGUUUCUGCAUUCAAACCAGGUCAUUCACAGAGACAUCAAGAGUGACAACAUCCUGUUGGGAAUGGAUGGCUCUGUCAAGCUAACUGAUUUUGGAUUCUGUGCCCAGAUCACCCCAGAGCAGAGCAAACGGAGCACCAUGGUGGGAACCCCAUACUGGAUGGCGCCAGAGGUUGUGACGCGGAAGGCCUAUGGGCCCAAGGUUGACAUCUGGUCCCUGGGCAUCAUGGCCAUUGAAAUGAUUGAAGGGGAACCCCCAUACCUCAAUGAAAACCCUCUGAGAGCCUUGUACCUCAUUGCCACCAAUGGGACCCCGGAGCUUCAGAACCCAGAGAAGCUGUCAGGUAUCUUCCGGGACUUUCUGAACCGCUGUCUUGAGAUGGAUGUGGAGAAGAGAGGUUCAGCUAAAGAGCUGCUGCAGCAUCAGUUCUUGAAGAUUGCCAAGCCCCUCUCCAGCCUCACUCCACUGAUUGCUGCAGCAAAGGAGGCAACCAAGAACAGUCACUAAAACCACGCCCACCCCAGCCUCAUUGUGCCAAGCCUUCUGUGAAAUAAAUGCUCAUUUCAGAAAUUCCAACCCCUGAUGCCCUCUCUUCUUUGCCUUGCUCUUCCCAUUUCCUGAUGUAGCGCUCUCAAGACUUUGAUCCUUGAAAACUGUGUGUCCAGCAUUGAAGAGAACUGCAACUGACUAAUCAGAUGACGGCCAUUUCUAAAUAUGGAGUUUCCUCCCAAUAGUGGAUGUGAGGGUGGUUUACGAUCAAGAGCUUAUAUGAAUAAACCCUUGGACUCCUAUUUCUACAUAGCAAAAUCUCCACCCCUCCAGCCUCCCCUUUGCCAGUCACUUCUUAACUAUAUAAAUUUUUGGCUUUAUAACAUUA